AUGCGCACAGGUAAGAAGCCCCACAAGUGCCCUGCAGAGUUCGGCCUCAUCACGAAACUGCAGUGCCACAAGCAGAUGCACAGGGAGGGGGGAGUAGCAAUACAAGUGCAGUCUCUGUCCUUUCAAGUUCAGCCUGAGGACACAUCUGUAGUGUCAGAAGCAGUGUCACCAGCUGACAUACAUGGGAAAGAAGCCAUACAAGUGCAGUUUCUGUCCUGCAUAGUUCUGCAGCAGCACGGACCUUCCACAUUACAAGCACACGCACACACUGGCAAGAAGCCAUGCAAGUCUGAUCUCUGUCCUGCAAAGUUCAGUCGGAGUGUGCACCUGUGUCAUCACAAGCUGACACAUACGUGGGAGAUGGAGGCCGUACAAGUGUCUCCUCUGUUCUGUUGCAGGUCCUCGAUCCGGGAACCAGAAGAAUCUCAUGGUGACGUAUGGAGAGAAAAGACUUUACAGAUGCCACUGUGCCCCACUGCGUUUAAUUCCUGUCGGUUUUUUAAAACUUGCAAUCAUGGACAAGCUGAGGCGUUCGUGACUGUGACCUGA